UGGGCAGGACGGAAGGAGCGGGGGAGGCACCUGACGCAAACUACAAUUCCCGGCGGGGAGCGCGGUGAAGGGGGGGGGUGGGAGCUGAACAUGGCGGCGGUGGUAGCUGCUACGGCGCUGAAGGGCCGGGGGGCGAGAAAUGCCCGCGUCCUCCGGGGGAUUCUCUCAGGAGCUACAGCAAGCAAGGCUUCCCAGAACAGGACCCGGGCACUGCAAAGCCACAGCUCCCCAGAGUGCAAGGAGGAACCGGAGCCCCUUCCCCCAGAGCUGGAAUACAUUCCCAGGAAGAGGGGCAAGAACCCCAUGAAAGCAGUUGGCCUAGCCUGGUACAGCCUGUACACCCGCACCUGGCUGGGGUACCUCUUCUACCGCCAGCAGCUGCGCAGGGCUCGGAACCGCUACCCCAAAGGCCACUCCAGAACGCAGCCCCGCCUCUUCAACGGAGUCAAGGUGCUUCCCAUCCCUGUCCUCUCCGACAACUACAGCUACCUCAUCAUUGACACCCAGGCCCGGCUGGCUGUGGCUGUGGACCCGUCAGACCCACAGGCUGUACAGGCAUCCAUCGAAAAGGAAGGUGUGAGCUUAGUGGCCAUUCUGUGCACCCACAAGCACUGGGACCACAGUGGAGGGAACCGGGACCUCAGCCGGCGGCACCAGGACUGCCGGGUGUAUGGGAACCCCCAGGAUGGCAUCCCCCACCUCACCCACCCACUGUGUCAUCAAGACGUGGUGAGCAUAGGAAGACUCCAGAUCCAGGCUCUGGCCACCCCCGGCCACACACAAGGCCAUCUGGUCUACCUGCUGGACGGGGAGCCCUACAAGGGGCCCUCCUGCCUCUUCUCAGGGGACCUGCUCUUCCUCUCAGGCUGUGGCCGGACCUUCGAGGGCACUGCAGAGACCAUGCUGAGUUCACUAGACACUGUGCUGGGACUGGGUGACGACACUCUGCUGUGGCCUGGCCACGAGUACGCGGAGGAGAACCUGGGCUUUGCUGGAGUGGUGGAGCCGGAGAACCUGGCCCGCGAGAGGAAGAUGCAGUGGGUGCAGCGGCAGCGGAUGGAGCGCAGGAGCACGUGCCCGUCCACGCUGGGGGAGGAACGCUCCUACAACCCGUUCCUGAGGACGCACUGCCUGGGGCUGCAGGAGGCGCUGGGGCCAGGCCCGGGCCCUACCGGGGACCAAGACUACUCACGGGCCCAGCUCCUGGAGAAGCUGCGCCGGCUCAAGGACCUGCACAAGAGCAAGUGACACCCCCACACCCCACCCCUGCCCCCCAAACCCCACACCCCGCCUCAAGCCUCUCCCACCACCACCUCCACUGUAAGGGGGAUGAAGGGCAGAGGACGUGAGAACAAGAGAGAACGGGAUUCUGGGAAGCUUGGGGGCUCCCAGGGGUGCAGCUGAAAGGAAAAGAGGGGUCUCGGGACACCUGGCUGGGGACAGUCCCUUUUUGCAACCCUGAUCUUGUACUGGAUGUUUAGGGGCCUGGCAAGAUAGAUUCCAGCUCCCUUCGCCCUCCUUUCCAGGGUUGGAAAGGAAGCCCAGUCCCCCAGGCGUGCCUGAGGUGGGGUGUGCUCAGAGCACCUCCAGGCUUUGGUUCACUGAGACACUGCCCCUCAUCCCAAGCGUCCCCCUUCCCCAUUCAGGCAUUUUCCAAAUAGAGCCAUUUAUCAAAAGAAAGGACUGGGAGGCUGGCUGGACAGUCUACUGGUGACACCCCCAACCCCCCACAGCCUGCCAGAGGGAGGGCCUGGCACUCGGGCUGGGAGCCUCCAGAGGCAGGGCUGUGCAGCCCCCUGGUCUUGCAGGCCCCCUCUCAAUGCUCCCUAUGCAGCUGGUCUGAGCCUGCUCCCUGGCCUCUGCUCCAGGCCUGGGCCAAGAGGGCCCCUCCUGCCCAGGAGAGAGAGAGCCAGGGUGAGCUGGCUGCUGCGGCCUCCUCAUCCCCACACCUGCUUCCUCUGACUCCCGCUGGAGCCUCCUCCACUCUUGACUGAGUGAAACCUUCAUACGGGUCUUUAUAGUUGCUCAUUUGUCUGGGCCUGGGCCUACCUGGGAGGCAGGGUCUGCAGGGCAAAGGACAGGAGUCAGAAGUGAACGGAAGCUUCUAGAAGCCCAUAAUGACCCUUCCUCAGCUCUGCAUUCCCUCUGGUCCCUUCCAGCGCUGGUCCCUUCCAGGUCACCUGUAGCCACCCACAAGUCACUUUCCCCCACUGGUCCCACUGUAUCUGGUGACCAGCCAGGAGCCUUCUCUCCCUGUUCCUAGACCCCCUCCUCAGUCACUUCUGGUGAGCCUCAGAGAUGAACCCCUGCCCUCAAUCUCCCCUUCAGCCUCCAGCCUCUGCCUUCUCCUCCAGCCAAGGCCUCUAGCACCAAUUCUAGCAAUACCACCAGAAUAGUUAGCCCCCAAGACACGCAGUCUCCUGCCUCUGUGCCUUCGCUCAUGCUAUUCCUUCAGACUGGAAUGCCUUUCCCCUGCCUGGCAAAUGCCUUUUCAUCUCUCACAAGGCCCCCACCCCCAAACCCCCUCCUCCAGGAAGACCACCCCCACACCCUUCCACCCUGCCCCCAGGCUACCUCCACUCUUUGUCAAAGCUUCCUAUCACUCUGUAUGUUACUUGUUUACACAUCUGCCCCCCCUUCUAGACUGUGAAUCCUCCAGGGCAUGGACUGUAUCUUAUGCAUCUCUCUACUUCUGCGCCUAGCACGGUGCCUGGCACACAGGAGGCGCACAAUAAAUGUCGAAUGAAUGAUUUA